AAAUCUGUCCUCUCUCCUCCCAAUGGCUCUCGCUUCUCUUCAGUCUUUACCCAUCCACUCGCCAUCUCCACCCUCGCGCGCUGCCCUUCACCCACCGCUUUCCACACCUGCCAUAGUCGUCAUCGUCGUUGUUUCCUAACUUUUGUUACUUUUAGCCCAUCUUCCCCUCAACCCGCAACUCAUUCAACCGGUGAAAAUGUUUUGUCGUCUAAAACUCAUCAGCCCCCAAAUCACUUACUGGAAUCCUCAAGACCCCAUGAUCCAGGCAGCUUAAACUAUGCCUUAGCCAAUCCUAAUGGUAAAUCGCUACUCGGUCUUGCUCGUUUCACUGAGUCAAACAUCGAAAAGACAAUAUUUGACUUCCGUUUCUUGGCUCUUUUCGCCGUUGGAGGUUCGUUGUUAUGCUUUCUAAAUGGUUGUGUAUGCAUUGCUGAAGCUUACAAGGUCUAUUGGACAAGCUGUGUUACAGGGAUUCACACUGGGAAUAUGGUUCUUCCGUUGGCUGAAGCAAUUGAUGUUUAUCUUGCUGGGUCUGUGAUGUUAAUAUUUGGUAUGGGAUUGUCUGGAUUAUUCAUCAGUAACUCGAACCCGGAAUUGCCAUCCAAUGUCGAUCGUGCCCUUAGGGGCUCAUCCUUGUUGGGAAUGUUCGCCAUGAAGGAGAGGCCAAAAUGGAUGAAAAUAAGUUCCCUGGAUGAACUGAAGACGAAGGUGGGGCAUGUAAUAGUGAUGAUCCUUUUAGUGAAGAUGUUUGAAAGAAGCAAAAUGGUGGCAAUAAACACUGGCAUGGAUCUGCUUACUUAUUCUAUUUGUAUCUUUCUCUCUUCUGCUUCUCUCUACAUCCUUCACCAUCUUCACAAGCCGGAGUAGUUGGUGUAGAUUCCCU